AUGGCUGCUGACUGGCAACCCGAGUGCCUCGUGCCUCAGAACCAGCCGUCUCUGGAGGCAGUGGGUGUUCAUUCGGAUCGAGCUCUUCAGAAUACCUCUGGGAACGUUCAGUCAUAUUCGGAUAGCCUUGCACACAAUGAUGCCGGUCGAGAGGAUCAUCUGCAGCAGCUAGCCUACAAGUAUCCUCAACAUCAUGUUGCCCAUCAUCCAGUAUCAGCCGUAUCAGCUCCCAGCAUACACCACCAGGCUAUGCAAGCUCGGCUACAUGCGAAGAAGCUGCGUCGGCUGAACUCUGUCGGGCCCAACAUGGCGCCUCGACGGGGAAGAAGCUAUCUCAAGUCCCAGAAGUACUUGGAAUAUCGGGCUCGUCCUCGACGAGACACCGGUAAAGAUGGAGAGCCAGUCUGGUCUGAUCAAUUGGAAGAUGCUUUCCAGCAAGCUCUCGAAGCAAAUCCUCCCAUGGGCCGAAGAAAGUGGUCUGAGCGAGGGAAAUCAUACGGACGCAAUGAGCUUAUUGCCGAGUAUAUUUUCAAAUUGACUGGCAAGCGAAGGACCAGAAAGCAGGUCUCGAGUCAUCUUCAGGUGCUUGACUCGUUCUUGAAGGGGGACCCCGAUUGGGAGCGACUCGUUCGGGAACAGUCCACAGACCGAUCAACUGGGCAUACCUCAGCAACCGGACCCAAGUGGCGGACAUCUAUGGACCACCACGCAGCAUCAAGUCACUAUGGGGCCCAUGGACAUCCCCAGUAUCAUAAUUCUAUGAGGGCAGUACAACAUUAUGGAGAUCUCCCGCCGCCGCACUAUACCCUGGGUUCCAACAUGCAGGACGCUGGAACCAAGAACAUUCAUGGCUUCAGUUUCGACAUGUGGGUAAGCGCGCCUCAGCAGGCGAAUCGCAUCGACAAAGCUCUUCAUGCAUACACCCGCCUUCAGGGAGAUCUACACCACCCAAUUGCCCCUCCUAUGCCCCUUGAGAGUGUCAAUGGGUGGCGGUCUUCUUUCCCCCACCUGUCCUCAUUGAUUGACGAGCUAAAUGGGCCGUUGGAUUGUGAUAUUAUCAUGCUGGAAGUGAACCUCCAGCUGAUGACCGAUUUCCCUCCUUCGGGCUCCCGACUUGGCAUUCAGCUUGAUCUGGACUUUGGCCACCCAACUGCCGGUGACGUGCUUAUGGUGAGGCAGAUGGAAAACUGGACCUGCAGCACUCGGCUUUACGAAGAUGGACAACAAUUCCGGGAGAACUACCAAGAUCUUUCAAAACCUCAAUCGACCAAGGUCAAGCCUUUGUUUGAAUCUUCCUGGUGGGCCAAAAUUUUCACCGAACGGACGCAGGAGAGGCGAAUGGCCGAGGACUCUGGGCAGGCCGAGAGCAUCCACGCCACUGAUGAACGUACCCGCCGGUUCUUCCGCUCUUUGACUGCAGUACAGGAGAUACGUGCUGUUCCUCCCAGCUCGCGCCGUCUCUCAAACCAGUUCCAAGGCCAUGGUGACGAAAGUGAGCGCAUGGCCAUUCUCGUUUGGAAGUUCCGCCAGACUCGGCCUGGCGAGGUUGGAACCACUACCUGGCGACGACUCAUUCCACCCCCAGAACGCACUUCGACCAACAGUCCACACCCCAACUCCGGGGUUGACCUCCCUCCUUUGUCCUUGGACUCUAUCCUCCUCAACAAGCCAUCUCAAAGUGUCUACCAGACACCGCAGCCACAAGACCUCAUCACCCACCCAGGCCAAUCUCAAUCGCAAUGGCCAAUGUAUUCUUCCCACGACAGCGUGGCUAAUAUUUUCAGUUCCUCUGGCCAUCUCGAUUUCAUGGCUGCGAUCACCAAGCCGGAGGACGGCAUGGGUGAUAAAACCGCGGUCACUUCAGUGCUUGACUCGUUCUCGGCCAGCUUGGCUCCAGAGACGUCCCAACCAACUAGUUUGAGCGUCUCCAGCGGUGGUUCUCUGAUCAUGAACAUGCACGACCUACCCCUUUCCCACCCAAGCCUCGGCUACGCCAUGGGCCACGAUGGCAGUCAGUAUGUGCCAUCCCAACAGCACAGCGUCAACAUCCAUGAUAGCAACAGCGUCCUGAACGGCUUCUUCCCUGGUAGCACUCAAUCCCUCGAUGAUCUGAGUAAUGGACAGGCCUCGUGGGGUGCUCCCUCCAACUCUCUCGCCGGCGAUGUCGGCGCUGGUGGCUACCACCACAUGUCAUUCCAAACUGAUCACCAUGGGCCCGUGUCGCGCGAGUCGCAGCAGCCGCACCAUUUCGAUGGACUCAUGCCUCCCGACGAUAUCAUGGACAAGAUCGUCGGUCGCAUGGCAAACACUUCCAGCAUGCACGGGGCAGGCCCUGAGCAUAUUAAUUCCUCAUACGCAGGGAAUGGCGCUGUGGAGGGGGUUUGA